CCUCGCCGCCGCCUCCCCGAAACCCCUCCCCGCCCAGCGCGGCUCCGCGCUCCUCGCAACUUACCGCCGGGCGCCGCUCCUGGGGAACCUCCGGGCCCGCGCCGCCGCGCCGGAGGCCCCGCGGAGUGUGUGUGUGCUAGGACUGUCUGAACCUCCCUGUAACUAGUACCCCAUAUGUAAUUUGGAAGAAGAAAUCUUCAAUGGAAGACCCCCAGGGAAUAAAUCAGAAGUCUGUGCGGAAGUCCCAAACCAGUUCAGAUGUUGCUGUUUCGACAAGCUGCAGGUCUAUGGAAAUGCAGGAUCUAGCCAGCCCACAUAGACGACUAAGUGGUAGUAGUGAAUCCCCCAGUGGUCCAAAACUUGAUAACUCCCAUAUAAAUAAUAAUUCCAUGACACCCAAUGGCACAGAAGGUGACAUGACCCUCCUCAGCACUGCAGACUGGUUGCUAAGCCCUAGCACACAGAGCCUUGCAGUUAAAACAGAACCAAUGAACAGCAGUGAGAUUGCUACUACUACUACCACAGACGGGUCUUUAGACAAUUUCUCAGGAUCAGCAAUUGGAAGCAGUGGUUUCAGCCCAAGACAAACACACCAGUUCUCCCCACCACAGAUUUACCCUUCCAAAGCGUACCCUCAUAUUCUUCCUACCCCUUCUUCACAAACAAUGGCUGCAUAUGGGCAGACACAGUUUACAACAGGGAUGCAACAAGCUACAGCAUAUGCCACUUACCCGCAGCCAGGCCAACCCUAUGGAAUCCCUUCAUAUGGUGCAUUGUGGGCAGGCAUCAAGACAGAAGGUGGAUUGGCACAGUCACAGUCACCUGGACAGACAGGAUUUCUAAGCUAUGGUGCCAGCUUUAGCACACCUCAACCUGGACAGGCUCCCUAUAGCUACCAGAUGCAAGGCAGCAGUUUUACAACAUCAUCAGGAAUAUAUGCAGGAAAUAAUUCACUCACAAAUUCUACUGGAUUUAAUAGUUCACAGCAGGAAUAUCCCUCUUAUCCCAGUUUUGGCCAGGGCCAAUAUGCACAGUAUUAUAAUAGCUCACCAUAUCCUUCACAUUACAUGACAAACAGCAACACCAGCCCAACGACACCCUCCACAAAUGCAACAUACCAGCUUCAAGAACCACCAUCUGGCAUCACCAGUCAAGCGGUUACAGAUCCUGCAGCAGCAGAAUACAGUACAAUCCACAGUCCAUCAACGCCCAUUAAGGAUUCAGAUUCGGAUAGAUUGCGUCGUAGUUCAGAUGGGAAAUCACGUGGCCGUGGCAGAAGAAACAAUAAUCCUUCACCACCACCUGACUCUGAUCUAGAGAGAGUAUUCAUUUGGGAUUUGGAUGAGACAAUCAUCAUUUUCCAUUCCUUGCUUACAGGGUCCUAUGCUAACAGAUACGGAAGGGAUCCACCCACUUCUGUGUCUCUUGGACUCCGAAUGGAAGAGAUGAUUUUCAAUUUGGCGGACACUCAUCUAUUCUUUAAUGAUUUAGAAGAAUGUGACCAGGUUCACAUUGACGAUGUGUCUUCAGACGACAACGGUCAAGAUUUAAGCACCUACAACUUUGGAACAGACGGCUUUCCUGCAGCUGCCACAAGUGCAAAUUUGUGCCUUGCAACAGGGGUGCGUGGAGGAGUGGACUGGAUGCGAAAAUUGGCUUUCCGCUACAGACGAGUAAAAGAAAUAUAUAAUACCUACAAAAAUAAUGUUGGAGGUCUUCUUGGUCCAGCAAAAAGAGAGGCUUGGUUACAACUAAGAGCAGAAAUUGAAGCUUUGACGGAUUCUUGGUUAACGCUUGCAUUGAAAGCACUCACUCUUAUUCAUUCUAGGACAAACUGUGUGAACAUUCUUGUGACAACUACUCAGCUAAUUCCAGCUCUGGCAAAAGUCUUGUUAUAUGGACUAGGGGUUGUAUUUCCCAUAGAGAAUAUUUACAGUGCAACUAAAAUAGGAAAGGAAAGUUGUUUUGAGCGAAUAAUUCAAAGAUUUGGGAGAAAAGUAGUGUAUGUCGUUAUAGGGGAUGGUGUCGAAGAAGAACAAGGCGCAAAAAAGCAUGCUAUGCCAUUUUGGAGGAUCUCGAGCCACUCUGACCUUAUGGCCCUUCACCAUGCCUUGGAACUGGAGUACUUGUAGCAGCUCAGCAGCACUUUCAAACCUCAGAGCCUCCUUCUGCCCGUGGAUGGGAUGCCUGUGUCUUGUGUCAGCAUUGGACUGCAGAACUUUGUGAUUUCAACAUGUUGACGUACAGCUGCAAUUGGUCUUAACCCUUGCCCUUUCAGUAAAUGGAGGAGCAUGUCUUUUUCUUCAGAACAGCUGUUGACUCUGGUACUGCGAGUCCAACGAAAAUAAGCCAUGCGAGUGUUUGAACAACUCAUCUUUACUGUAUUUGCUACCAAAAAGAAAUAGAGAAGGAAAGGAAAAAAAAGUAAAAAAAAAAAAGAAAGGAAAUAAAAGGUUCAUACCUGUGAAGAAAAAAAAAAUGACCUGCAAACGCCUUCUAGCUUUUAGACUUUUCAAUGUGACACACACCGAUUCUUCAACACAGCAAACUUGAUUGCACAAUGAAGACUGAGAUUUCUCAGAAAUACCAGUGGAGUAAUUUUCUUGUAAAGAAGGUUUACUUUAUGGUUUCUCAUACCCAGGGUACUCUGUACAUCUUUACUUAUUUAUGAACAGACUAUAUUUUGACAUCAUAUAACUGAGGAUAUGUAUAAUAGGAUUGAAGGCUAUUAUAAGCCUUCGCCUUAUGGUACAGCAACUACUUUUGAUUUUAGCACAUUACAGAGUAGUUUAAAAUAUGUCUAAUUUAAACUAAUAGGUACAUCACUGAGACAAUCAUGUACAGGAAGAAUUUUUUGUGUAAAUUUGUAAUAAUGAUUCUUUUACAUAUUGUUAAGGUAAAUGCUAUUGAAAGAUAGUAAUGCCUUGUUGGUGAAGAAUGAGGCCACAUGUGCGCAAACUGUUGUGCAGUGCCUUAUCAAUGUGUUGGAUAUAAAUAUGUAGAUAAUGGAUUUUUUUAGAUAAAUUUGUCAAGACCAAAAGCAUGGAUGUCAAGUGUCAAUAGGAAUUGGGUUUUGUUCUUUCAGCUGUUUCUCUACCUUUUUCUUCUCACCUACUCUGAUUAUUAAACGGUUGAUUCCUCCCCCCUAACCUUACCCCCCCCACCACAAAGGAAAUACAGAUAAAACACAACUGAAGAGAAGUCCUUUGCUGUCUUCUGUUUCCUCUUUUAAAGUUAACAUAUUAACCCUUUUUUAGAGUAUUGAAAAGUGAAUUAGGAUAUUCAUUCCAUAAAGAAAAAGAGAAAGAACACAGAUAUAUUUUAAGAUGUGACUUAAACUGGAAUCUUGGUACUGAUUAGUUUUUGUCUCAUCAAAAAUGAAGGGAACUAUCAUCAUCAUUAUUUUUAGAAAUUAAAAAUGAAAAUGUUUUGAAGAAAUUGAACAAAAAUACUUGUAUAAAUUUAAGUUUUUUAAUCCUCUUCCACCAGGAGUCAGAUUUUCCUAAGAUAUAACAUCCAUUGCCGGCAAUGGAAAUACUGAAAUACUUAUCUCCAAGGAGUUAAAAUUUGCUUUUGUCUAUACCUAUUUACAGGACAAACCUAAACUCUGUCUGUGACUUGUGACUUUCUAGUCUUCAAGGCCAUGAGCUACUUGGUCAGAUAAACUGUUAGUCUGACUUUUUGGUUUGAAUUGUACCAAUUCCCUUUGCCUGAUUUAAAUCUCUUCCUUAUAAAGAAGCCUCAGCUUUGUUGGAUCAUUCUCCAGCUUUUCUUCUUGUUUUCUUUUGCUAAGAACACCAGCCUUGAAACAGCUACCUGCAAAGCUACAAAGCACCAAUGUAGCUACAAAACAACACCCCUCUCUAUUGGAGGAAUCAUAUUGCUGCUAGAAUUCAAUGUUUGUGGAUUGCUUUAUUACCAACAGAGAGGUUUCUGCCCUGCCAAGACUUGCACAUGUGCUUUACUUUACCCUGUAUGAGUGCUGGAGUUCAUGCAGUACUCACAUACAUGCAUAAAGCACAUUGUGGGUAGUUUUUAGAACUGAGAGUAAGAUUAGUCUUUGUUUCCUCAAACAAAGUAGACAGUGAUGGGGUGUUGGUUGUCUUUUUUUUUUUUUUUGGCUUUUUUUUCUAUUUUUAGUCACUUGCGGACUGAAAAAUCAAAGUUGAUCUGGGCCUUAUUGUACAAAAGUGUGUUGUGUCCACAAUUGUGUACAGAAUUCUUCUUCAGUAAUUUCGUUUUAAAUUAAUAAAAUUGAUUUGUGAACGUAUUAAAUCUUGUCUUGUA